AUGAUGAAGAGCAAUGAAUUGAUAAAAGGAAAAGUGGGAUUGUCAAUAGUUAUAUUUUUGAUGCUAAGUGUUUCAAUAUUUGGGAUACAGUUUUUGUUUACAAAGGUUGUUGUGGGAGGUUGGUGGGUGAGUUUGGUGGUGAGAACAAUGUCUGGGAUACUAUGUGUGGUUUUGUUGCCAAAUAUGUUUUUGUUUGGACUUGUUAUACAGACUGUGCUUUAUUUCGUUUGUAAGUCUUAUCAUCAUCAGAGUAUUGAUAAGUCUGUUUUGUCUGAGCAUCUUGAAGUUUAUCAUGGAGAGUAUGAGCCAUUGAAGGAUAAAGAUGUUCAGUUGGAGAAUUAUCAUGUAUGA